AUGCCUAAACAGAAUACUACUACUACUACUACUACUACUACUACUACUACUACUACUACUACUACUACUACUACUACUACUACUACUACUACUACUACUACUACCACUACUACUACUACUACUACUACUACUACCACUACUACUACUACUACUACUACUACUACUACUACUACUACUACCACUACUACUACCACUACUACUACCACUACUACUACCACUACUACUACCACUACUACUACUACUACUACUACUACUACUACUACUACUACUACUACUACUACUACUACUACUACUACUACUACUACUACUACCACUACUACCACUACUACUACCACUACUACUACCACUACUACUACCACUACUACUACCACUACUACUACCACUACUACUACCACUACUACUACUACUACUACUACUACUACUACUACUACUACAGCAUUGCUCAUAUAUCAA